AUGCGUCUACCGACCUUCUGUUCCAUCUUGCUGUUGGCUGCUUCCACUGUAGCUUACGACGACCUCCUGCGCUUCAAUGCUUCACCUCAACUCGAAACAAGGUCUAUUGACCAGAUCUACAAGACCACAUUGAGGGAAGGUGGUGUUGUUAUCGCCUGGAUGGGCGGGGACGAAAAGAACCAGCAAGAUGUUGUCAAAACCGCUUUCGAAAAGGCAUUCCCCGGAAUGAAGCUCAACCUCACUGUCGACCUUUACAAGUACCACGAAAGGAACAUCGAUGAGCAGCUCGCUAAUGGAAGGGUCUGCGUUGACACUUUGGGUCUACGAACGCUCCAGGACUUUCCGAGGUGGAAGGAGGAGGGUGCGUUACUCAACUACUUCCCUCUUGGCUUUGACAAGAUUUAUCCUGGUUUCCGAGACACCGAUGCUACUUACCAUGGAUUUCUUGGCUUUGGUUGGCAGCCUAUCUUGAAUACCGAUAAACUGAAGGGAAAGGCGCCCCAAGAGUAUCCGGAUUUCUUACGUCCGGGAUUCAGGGAGAAGCUGGUUCUGACGUAUCUCAACGACGACGAUGCGAUUUUGUUUGACUUUGGGCUCAUCCUCAAAAAGUACGGCACAUCCUGGUUCAACAAACUGCUGCAACAGAAGCCACGAUGGGUUCGCGGUUCUGCCACCGGGCCAGCACUUGUGGCCGACCCCAACACAACCUACGUCGCCAUCUUUACCUCUGGCCUUGGCCUCUCGAAGCCCCAGGGACCACUCAAUGUUACUUUCCCCAAGCAAAGCCAGUUCGUCUCAUAG